AUUUACUUAAAAUUUUUGAUUUCAUUUUUUUCUUUUUUUAAUUUUCGUAUACAUUAGGGUCCUCCUGGCUUAGACGGCAUGAAGGGCGCACAAGGUGAAACAGGACAAAAAGGAGAACGUGGAGAUCCUGGUCUGCCGGGUACCGAUGGCAUACCCGGUCAAGAAGGUCCACGCGGUGAAAAAGGUUCACGUGGCGAUCCUGGACCACCCGGUAAACGUGGACGCAAAGGUGAUCGCGGCGAUAAGGGAGAACAAGGUGUGCCCGGUCUGGAUGCACCAUGUCCACUGGGUUCUGAUGGAUUGCCAUUGCCCGGUUGCGGUUGGCGACCACCCAAGGACAAUUUAAAAGAAUGGCUAAAGGGCGAGUUCAAUGCAUUACAAAAACCUACAAAAAACUGAAAUUCCACUCCACACGAAGCGGACAUAACAGCACAUCCCCGACGACUGCUACUCUCCCACCAAAAAACAGCUUUAACGGUGCCAACAAAUUAUUUAACAUUAAAUCGAAUAGCAAACGAUUAUUGUACAAUACUAAUUAUAUUUUAAUUAUCUUAGUUGCGCUAAUGUUUUAGAAUUCACAAAAAAUUACAAUUAUUCGCUAGGCUCUAUUAAAGGGAGAAAUUAAUAUAAAAUUAUUAUGCAUUAAAUUUAGUUAAAAUAUGUAAGCAAUCACUUUAUUUUCCACACGCAUACACGUAUAUAUGUGUAUGUAAAUGUUUACCUUUAACUACGUGUUAACAAAUACGGUUUCUCCUGCCACAAUUCCUACCUCACCCAACACAUGUUUUUUAUAUGGACGAUAAAAGUGUCAAAAAUUUCAUCAAACAACCCGAAUUCGCUGUUUCUGUUGUUUUUCGGCGUUGAAGGCAUUAAAUCACUGACGCUGAUGUUGACGUCGAUGUUGACGUUGGCGUUGACGUCGGCAUAAUACAAGCAAAGUUGAUUAUAACUCGAUUUUUGCUAAUUUUCAUUUUUUUUUUACACUA